UCCCACUGGUGACUCUCCAACCCCGCCACCAUGAACGGGGUCCUGAUCCCCAAUACGCCCAUCGCCGUGGACUUUUGGAGCCUGCGCCGGGCUGGUUGCGCACGGCUCUUCUUCUUGUCCCACAUGCACUCGGACCACACCGUGGGUCUGUCUAGCACCUGGGCCCGGCCCCUCUACUGCUCCCCAAUCAGCGCUUACCUCUUGCAUCGUCACCUACAGGUAUCCAAGCGGUGGAUCCGAGCCCUGGAAGUUGGUGAGAGCCAUGUCCUGCCUCUAGAUGAAAUUGGGCGAGAGACCAUGACCGUAACCCUCAUUGAUGCCAAUCACUGCCCUGGCUCUGUCAUGUUUCUCUUUGAAGGCUACUUUGGAACCAUCCUCUACACAGGUGAUUUUCGGUAUACGCCAUCCAUGCUAAAGGAGCCAGCCCUGCGAGUGGGGAAACAGAUCCAUACCUUAUACCUAGAUAACACCAAUUGCAACCCAGCCCUGGUUCUUCCUUCCCAACAAGAAGCUGCCCGCCAGAUUGUCGAGCUCAUUCGAAAGCACCCACAACAUCACAUAAAGAUUGGACUCUAUAGCCUGGGAAAAGAGUCACUGCUGGAGCAGCUGGCCCUGGAGUUUCAGACCUGGGUGGUAUUGAGUCCUCGGCGCCUGGAGUUGGUGCAGCUGCUGGGCCUGGCAGAUGUGUUCACAGUGGAGGAGAAGGCUGGCCGCAUUCAUGCUGUGGACCACGUAGAGAUCUGCCAUUCUGCCAUGCUGCACUGGAACCAGACCCACCCUACCAUUGCCAUCCUUCCCACAAGCCGGAAAAUCUGCAGAUCCCACCCCGAUAUCCACAUCAUCCCCUACUCUGACCAUUCCUCCUACUCUGAGCUCCGAGCCUUUGUCUCAGCAUUAAAGCCUUGCCAGGUGGUGCCCAUUGUCAGUCGACAGCCCUAUAAGGGCUACUUUCAAGAUAGCCUGAGCCCCAGGCUCUCUGUGCCCCGGAUUCCAGACUCUGUGCAGCAAUACAUGAGUUCUUCCUCUAGAAAACCAGGCUUUCUCUGGCUGUUAUUAAAAAGGAGACUAAAGAGGCCGAGAACCCAGGGUGUCGUGUUUGAACCCCUUGAGGAAAAUGCUGAUCAAUCUCAAGCUGACAGGGACUCAAAGAAGGCCAAGAAUGAGAACCUUUCUGGGGACCUUGAGAAGCAACCCUCCCUCCAGCCUUUGCAGAUCAAGCAGCAGCUAUUCCCAGACCUCUGUAGCAAAGAAUGGGAUGGGGCAGCCUCUCUCUCUGAGUCCCAGAAGUUGGUGACUGUAUUGACUGCCCCCUUGGGUUUUUCACUGCACUUAAGGUCUACAGAUGAGGAAUUUCUCUCUCGAGAAACUGAGGAGGAAAUUGGUGUAGGGUCCCACGUGGUACCCGGGGGAGACAAUGACGGCUCAGCACCCACAGGGAACCAGAGCGCUUCGAUGGGCCAGGAUUCUCCCCUGUCUCACAGCAGCCAGGCUGCCCCUCUUCUGGCUCCUGAGUUCAGGGGCCUGGCACUAAAAUACCUUCUGACUCCAGUGAACUUUUUCUACGCAAGGUUCUCUUCCAGGGGCUUUGACCAGCAAGUAGAAAAAUACCAUAAACCCUAUGCUGAAGUAUAGACGGGAGCGUACAGAAUGACAACUUUGUUUGAUCCAACACUGCAGUUUGGAAGAUAGUGGCUGCUGGCUGCUGGGGAGUUUGUUUUGGGCCUUACUUUUCUGUUUUCACAGGAUCCUUACGGGCUUAACCUGGAAGUGACACUUCUCAACGUGUGUUCAUCCUAGUGCCUAUGGGAUCCUUGGUUUUAUAGUUAACUGUGUUUAGGAAACACUUUCAUUAUAACUCCUUCACAAUAUGCAUGAGCACAUUAAAGGUUCUGAGAAGUCCUGCAGUAACUUAAUCUGUUUAACCCAGUAUUUCUCUAACUUUUUGGAACAUGGAAUCCUCUUAUGUAGCUGUAGAAAGAGAUAGUCUGAAUCAAAAAGGACCAAGUUAUUCCCAUUGUUAUUUUGAGCGUCAUGUGCCAUUCUCCCUGUCCCCUUUCCUUCUUCCUAGAUAAAAGUCCCCAGGUAGGUCUGUUUUUUAAGUUAGGAACUGUGGUGCUGGAGGAUAAAGUGAUGAUCCAGGCAGCAUGUUCCAAUUCUGAAUGUCACUGACUUGCUGUGACCCCAUUCAAAUGACUUCCUGUCUCUACCUCUGGGAGGGAACAGGAAGGGAUGAAGAGCCUUGGAACAGUGGAGAAAAAUUCCACGUCUGCCUGUAUGAGAGUUUGCAGUUAGUAUCACUGGGGACCUAUCUGGAACAGAGCCAGCUGGGGCAUUGGGCACCCCUCACCAGGGCAGUACCUGAAACCCAGCUGAACAUUAGGCUUAGGAUACGUCAGGCCUCCCAGCUGCCUAGAGGCCCUGACCGUUUGGCUGAAAUAAAGUUACAAAAGAUCAAAUGUGCUGCCAGAUAUUCCUGAUUGUUCACAUAGCUGGGAUAUUUGCUGCUCCCCCCGCACCCCCCUCGGAUUGAGUAGGGAGCCAGAGCACACAGCCUGUUUGUUUUAGUAUCCAGGGCAGAGACCAAAGAGCCAGCUGGUGGAAGGGGUGGGGGUGUGCAGUUCUACCCUGUCCUUCUGCUCACAGCCUGACAAAAUGCCAAACCAGUAAGCAGGACAGCAGAUACCAUAGGCUCAGAGAGGGGGCACAGGCAUGUAGAACUGGGCACAUGGAUUAAAAACUGCUUCAGAAUGGAGCCUUGAGUCUUUGCAAUGAAGAAGCCUCUGUAUCUUGUUCAGGAAAAAGAAGUUUUCUACUUUUGGAGGAAGAUAGGAAGAAUUUAGAAAGCAAAAUAAGGCCGUGUUCUUGGGCGACCCAUAUACGGCUCUGUUUUGUCGGUGACCUUCCCGUGGGCCCACUAGGAGCCGCAGUAGGGGAGGCGUGUGGGGCAGCAGGAAACAUGGCCAUUGUCCUGGGCCUGAGUCCAGGGCACGCUGGGCAGACAGAGCAUGCUUAAAUAGCAGAGCCCCAGUUCCUCAUCUGGUAACCAGGGACUGAUACCUCCCUCUCUGAUUGUCGUGGAGGUUAGAUGAUUGGUAAAGUUGCUAACUGAGUGCCUACCACAUGAGGGGUAAUUCAAAUAUUGGUUCUCUUAGCCUCUAAUUCUUUAAAAAAAAAAUUAUUCUGUAUAUAAAACAAGAAACUGGACAUCAUAAAAAUAUAAAGAAGAAAAAAUCAAUUAUAAUUCCUCCAUGUAAAUCAGUUGUUUUCUACCAGUCUUUUUCUGUGGAUGUAAAUAUUAAAUAGGUAAAUUUUUUUCAAAAUUGGGGUAAUACUGUAUAUAAUUUUAUAUUCUGCAUUUUACUUUCUUAACAGUAUCUUAAGCAUUUCUUCGUAUUAUUCAAAUAUGAUUUUAAUAGUUGUAUAAUACCCUAUCAUAGUAUAUCUUAAGCCAUUUCCAUAUUAUUCAAAAUUUUGUGUGCCCGUUUUCACGAUUCUACAUAUUACAAUGAACAUCCUUAUGCAUAUAUCAUGGCAUUUUGUUUAUUUCCUUAGAGUAAAUUACUGGAAGUGGGAUUACAGUUUUAUGUUCUUGAUGCAAAUCAUGCAAAUUGCCCUUCAGAAAGGAUUCCUUACCAUCCUUUCUGAAGAAGAGGCUAGUAUUCAAAUACCUUGAAGAUUCAUUAAGUUCAGAGGACAUCAUUAGAAUGGUACAUGUAAACACAUGGAAAACCACCUUGUGUGAUAAGUUAAUAAAUAUUUACUAAGCUGUG